AUGGCAAGACCUUUGCUUUUGAUCACUCGUUCACUCUGUUCCGCCAAACUGUACGAGGUUGGACAGGACAAAAUCUUCAAUCACGAGUUCCAACUUCCUCGCACAAAAUCUGGGCGUUAUUAUUGUGGUUCCUCUUAUGGUUGGUUGAUUACUCAUCGACAUGGGAAAUCGAUCAAGCUUAUAAACCCUUUAACCGAAGAGAUGAUCAAAAUUGAUAGCACCAUAAGGACUAGUUUCAAUAAGGCGAUUCUUUCUCGCACUCCUACUAUUAGUGCAUCAUCUCAGGAAAAAGAUGGUUUUUACCUUGGUGGUAUUUGCAACUUUGGUGGUAAAGCACAAUUGGAUGGAUUGUUAUAUGCAUUGGAUGAAAAUAAUCGAAUUGUUGCAUUUGACUACAACUCAAGUGUGGGGAUUUGCUGCUUGUGCAAAAAGUUCUUGAUCAUCCUAAUGCGGAUUUUCCACGCGAGUUUCAUGUGUACGAGCUGA